UAGGCGGCGCGGGGCGGCCGGCAUGGAGCUCGCGGAGGCGCGGCAGGGCCCGGCGUGCGGAGGCACGGCGGCCGUGGCAGCCCGAAUUCCCUCCAGCCGCCCCUCCAUGCUCCGUGUCCCCGGUCCCUAGACGCCUCUUCCCCGCACGUGUCCCUGUCAAUAUGGAUUCGUUUCAGACCGAACAGAUGCUGAGCUUGCCCGCCCAGCUCGGCAGCAGCAACUUAGAGCUGGCAGAGCCGGCGGAGCGGGCGGCAUCAGCGGCCCGCGUAGACACCGGCCGCCUCCCGGAGGCGUCUACAGAGGGCACCGCACCACUACCGACGCGAGAGCCGGAGCAAGAGCAGCUUCCCAGAACCCCGAUGCCGGAGUGCAAAGUCCUGCUCACUCAGGCCGACGCCUUGGCGUCCGGGGGGCGCCUCCGGGAAGCCCUCGAAGUGUACAGACAGCUCUCAGAGCGGCAGCAGCUGGUGGCCGAACAGCUGGAGCAGCUGGUGCGCUGCCUGGCGGAGAACAUCCCACAAGGGGAGGCGCUGGCGCCGGUGCCCCCGGACGGGGACAGCUCUGCCAGCUCCGCGGUGGCGGCGGAAGAGGCAGGGGCGGCCGCGGCCGCGGCCACCGAGGUGUGGGACGGCUUUAAGUGCCGGAAGUGUCAUGGAUUUCUAUCAGACCCCGUGUCCUUGUCGUGCGGCCACACCUUCUGUAAACUGUGUCUAGAACGUGGGCGGGCUGCCGACCGGCGCUGUGCGCUGUGUGGGGUCAAGCUCUCGGCGCUGAUAGUGGCCCCGGGGCGGGCGCGCGGGACCUGGCGGGCUGGGCAGCAGGCGCCGCCGCCACUGCGGGUCAACGUGGUGCUUAGCGGCCUCCUCGGCAAGUUGUUCCCGGGCCCAGCGCGGGCGUCGCAACUCCGGCACGAGGGCAACCGGCUGUACCGCGAGCGCCAGGUGGAGGCGGCGCUGCUCAAGUACAAUGAGGCGGUUAGGCUAGCUCCAAAUGACCACUUGCUUUAUAGCAACCGGUCUCAAAUUUAUUUCACCUUGGAGUCUCAUGAGGAUGCGCUGCAUGAUGCAGAAAUAGCAUGUAAGCUCCGUCCAAUGGGUUUUAAGGCACACUUCAGAAAAGCCCAAGCCUUAGCCACCCUAGGCAAGGUGGAGGAGGCACUAAGGGAGUUUCUCUAUUGUGUAUCCCUCGAUGGAAAGAACAAGAGAGCACGAUCUGAAGCUCAAAGGGAAAAUCCAGAGCUCCCACAUUGUUCUAGCCAGGAGGAAGCAGCAACUCAGGGAGAUGACAGCAGCCUGAUGAGUCCUGCUAAAGUAAAGGUGGACAAUGUGAAAGACCAGAAAGAAGAAGAGCAGGAGGGGGAUGCUGUCUCUCCAGAAGCUGCCUCCAUGAAGACUGGCAAAUGCCAGGAAAAGAAAAGGAAAUAUUGCCAAGUUGAACCUCAAGAAGAGAUGGAGAUUCCUAAUAAAGCUUCCAAACAAGAUCACCCCGCUGAUCAGGGGCCAGAACCUGCUCUCAGUGUUCCACUCGCAUCUUUUGACGCAUCUGACCUUGAAUGCUCCCUGUGUAUGAGAUUAUUCUAUGAGCCAGUCACAACACCUUGUGGACACACCUUUUGCUUAAAAUGCCUUGAAAGAUGCCUAGAUCACAACCCAAAGUGUCCAUUGUGCAAAGAUGGUCUUUCACAGUGCUUGGCAUCAAGAAAAUACAGUAAAAAUGUAAUAAUGGAAGAGCUAAUAGCUAAAUUCCUUCCAGAAGAAUUCAAGGAACGAAGGCAGCUUUAUGAAGAGGAAAUGGAAGAACUUUCUAACUUAAAUAAGAAUGUGCCUAUUUUCGUGUGUACUAUGGCCUAUCCCACCGUUCCUUGUCCCCUGCACAUCUUUGAGCCUUGUUACCGUCUGAUGAUUCGGAGAUGCAUUGAGACAGGCACGAGACAGUUUGGUAUGUGCCUUGGAGAUCCUGACAGAGGGUUUGCAGAAUAUGGCUGUAUCCUAGAGAUCAGAAACGUUCAGUUCUUUGCUGAUGGCCGCUCAGUGGUUGACAGCGUAGGCAAGAGGCGCUUCAAGGUGCUCCAUCAGGGCCAGCGGGAUGGCUACAAUACAGCUGACAUUGAAUACAUUGAAGACCAAAAGGUUCAGGGAGAGGAUUGUGCCGAGCUCAUGGGAUUACAUAACUGUGUCUAUGAGCAAGCAUCAUCAUGGUUUCAUUCACUCAAAGCAUCUCUGAAGACUCGGAUACUCUGUCACUUUGGUCCAAUGCCAGAGAAAGAAGCUGAUCCCCAGGUUAACCCGAAUGGUCCCGCCUGGUGCUGGUGGAUAUUAGCAGUUCUUCCCUUAGAAAGCCGAGCUCAGCUCCCAUUCCUGGCAAUGAGAUCCUUAAAGGAUAGACUGAAUGGUAUUCGGCGAGUCCUGGCCUUUAUAUCCCGAAACCAAAACUAAUGAGAGUAGAUUGCUGAAGAGGAGCUCCCACCCUCCCCACUGCCCUAGGGGAUUCUUCUUGUAAAUAUAUCUAAUUGCAAUAACAUCUUAACAGAAGGGAGUAUCAAACAGAGGCAUUAGCCUGCUAUUGAUCACAGAGAGAAAUCAAGUAGAAAGACCAAAAGAAUGUGACCUGUUUCAAACUUUGUCUUAAGAUGCUUCUUGACAUGCUGUACAACUACAUAAACAGCAGAGGCAUUUAAGAGCCCAGAAAAAAAAAAAUUGAUUUUAACGUAAAAUUUUCUGAAAGCUUAACGUGGUUUUGCUUUAAUUUUCUUUCUUUCAUAGAUGAAUGACUGUGCGGUUGAAAUGUGAAGCAAAGAUAUUGAUAAUGUUGCUACAUUAUUUCACUAACUUGAGGUCUCAUUCCAAAUGGUUCAGGUUUUAUAGAGCAUUGUGUUAAAUAACGUUCAUACUUCUUUCUGUUUUAUUUUUUGCGCUACUGUAUCCUUUUUUCUACAUGUAUGUUUCUAACUAAGUGUACAUUAAUGAAAAGUUUGUUGCUUUAUUUAUUGAUGUGGUUUACCAUGUACCUAGGGGGAAAUAACAAUACUAGAAAUGUGCACUUUAAUCUGUUUUUACUACAUUCAUGCCAGUUCUUGGACCACUUCCGUUUCUAUCCAAUUGGAUGUUUAAAAGUUAAAAGGUGUUCAGAAUGAUGCUAAAUCAUCUGUCUUCACAGAUUCCACUUUUAUUUCAGUUUGAAUUAAACAAUAUAAAGUACUUAGGGAUUUGGCAUAGAUUAUGGUAUAUGCCAGGGUAAACUAAAAUAAUCCAUUUUCUGUGUGUAAUACAGAACAAGGCUGAAAGAAUUAUUUUUCUGGAAUGAAGAGGUGACUCAGAGCAGUGUUUUUUACUACAGUCUAUUAUAGGCAUUUAUUUCAGCAAUAUAAUUAUAAGUGUAUCUGAUUUCUCUCCAGUGCAGUUAGGAGUGGCAUUUUAGGUAGGAUAGCUACACCCUUCAAAGGGAAUGGCUUUCAGUUUGGCGUGUCACAGCCAUGCCCUACUAGCCUCCACACCCCACCUCUUCUCUGAGCACCAAGACCUGGGCUAGCAUGUGCAGAAACACUUGAUGAGGGCCUGCUCACUAUUAAAUGUAUGAAGAAGCCAGGUAGGGUAGAACACCUUCAAAAUCUUUUUAAAGGAACCAGACAAUCCAUGAUCCUAUCUAAUCACUCCCUUUCCUUCUAGUUGCAGUGGGCCAAAGAUUUCAAUAUAGAGGGCGAAUGGAAGAUGAGGUAAGAGUAAGCCCUUGUUUAGCUUCCUUAGUUCUAGUUUGACUCCUUCAGUUUCAGGAGAACUUGAAAAAUACCUUAAGCAUGGGAGUGCUAUGUUGGCAAAGUGAAAAGAUUAGGGCAGGGAAGAAGUGUGCCAUUUGUACCUUCAUGCAAAUUCUCCCCCCAUGUGAUUUUUAGACAGCUGCGGGGGGCAUUCUUCACUUGCAGCCUAUCCAGUCUGUCAGGUGAGGGGGUAAUGCUUCAAGUAAUCGGUGUGACUUCUUCCAUCACCAGCUGUAGCCAGAAACAGGAAAGGGAGAAUGAGAUGAUUGAGACAAUAUAAAAGAGACUCACAUAAGCGGAACCCAAAUAAUCUUUUUUCUGCACUUGCUUAUGUUGCUGGAGCAUUAUGUUACCAGGUUUGAUGUUUGGAGCCAGACUGGGCAGGUGAAGAAUGGAAGUAGAUGGAAGUAUAGGCUUGGUUACUGCCCAUGCAAACUCGAUAAGGCUCAGGGAGCAGGAAAUUAAAGGCUUUCCCAACCCAUCCUGGUGCCCAACCAUGUGAUCAUAACACAGUCCUAGUGCAAUAGUUUCCUACUAUCUAGUGUAAACUCAACAAAGAAAAGGGAAAUAAGUUUCUCUGCUUACUAGAUGUGUUACUUUUGGCAACUGAUUUAACUUUUGCUGAGCCCAAGUUUUCUCUUCUAUGAAAUGGUAGUGAUAAAAGCUGCACAUAGGGUUGUUAUGAACAUUAAAUAAGAUAACGUGUAAAUCACUUAGCACAGUGCCUUGUGCAUAGGAGACACUCAACAAUAGCUACUACUAGAUUAGUCAUAAUUACAGAAUAUCAGCAGGAGCCUAUAUUUACAUAAAACUACCUUUACACACAAUACCCAUUUGGAACCCCUUUAAACUUGGUUGGGGGACUCCACACCAUUGAUUUUUAGACUAUAACUUGAUGAUUUAUAGGUAAUUCCUUUUGGGGUUAAGUCUGUUUGAGAAAGUGAAAAGACUAGAGAACAAAUGAGGAUCAGAGGUGGGGACCAAUCCUAUAUCAGCAAAGUUUUUCCCCUUUCAAUAAGGACUAAAACAUAGUGUUUGUAGGUCUUGAAUUUCUGAUGGAAUAUAAAUCUUGAGUUCUAGCUCCAUCAGAAUAACCAACUCAUUAUUCCCUGUUCUACAAAAUGUAUUGAGAAUCUCACCCAUGCCAGGGUGAUUGGAUUUUACAGUCUAUGACUUUUGUGCUUAGUUCAUGGUAUUUCUUUAUGCUGCCCAAAGUAACAGAUUGAACAAAAAUGUAUUGUGAGCCUACAGUGUACCAGGAACUGAGCCAGAUGAUCUCACAUAUCAUUAAAUCAUUUAUUUCUCACAUCAACCCUGUGAGAGCAGUUAUUAUCCCCAUAUUAUGGAUGCGAAAACUGAGGCUUUACAAUGCUAAAUACGUUGCCCAGGUAACAUAGUCCACCAAUAAUUGGCCACACUUGAUUUUGAACACAUUGCUUUGCAGUUUUAACAUUUUAAAUAGCUUGUGUUACACGUAAUUUUAUUAAACAGGCAUGACAACCAAAUCACAAAAGCACCCCAAAAGCUCAUGAUGGGAAGUUGCAGUUAAGUAAAAUUAAAUUACUC